AGGUUUCUUUCUUUGCCAUUUAACCGCAGGCUCUAGGCUUUAGUUGAUCUCUUGUACAAUUAGUAGAAUUUUUUUGGUUCCCAUAUUGUAUAUAAUUUAAAUAUAAUACAGCCAAGUAGUGUACAUUGUAUUUACCAUGGAAACUAGGUUGACAAUUACUGCCCAGUUUAUAAGUGAUGGUCGUUCUCUGGGGUACGAAGGUGAAAGGUUAGAGAGGUAUGUGGCUGAGCAGAAAGAAGACUAUGAAAAAUCUAAGAAAGAGGAGUUUGAACGAGAAAAGGCUAGAUUUGAGAGAGAGGAAAGAUUGAGAGCAGAGGCGAAGGCAGAGGAGAAAGCCAGAUUUGAACGUGAGGAUAAGGCCAAGCGUGAGGAACACGAAAGGUGGAAAGAAAGAGAUGCCAGGGAGGAACUCAAGAGGAAAGAGGAGAUGGAACUAGAAAAAAUGAAGGAAAAGUCAGCAACAGCGGCUGGGACGGCAACACAGGCAGAGGUGCGGCCUAGAAAUGUUUUAGAUAAACUUGACAAGAGCUUCCAGGGAAUGAAGGAAGACGAUGACCUGAUGGCAUAUUUAACACACUUUGAGGCCGUCGCAACAAGAUGCAAGAUUGAUAGAAAGGAAUGGUCAUUGCUCCUGUCCUAUAAACUAACUACCUUUCUAAGAAACUGUAUGCUGCGUGACAGUCUGUUUUUGAAUGAAAAUUAUGAGGAAGUGAGGACCGUAUUACUCCGACAUGCGGAUAUAAACGCGGAAACCUGCCGCAAGAGGUUCCACCGGGUAAAACCACGACAGAACGAUUUUAGGGGUUUUGUCACAGAGCUGCGAAAUGCGUUGGACAAUUGGUUGAAAAUGGCUGAAGUAGGCAAGACUGUGGAAGAAGUGAAAGAGUUGCUGGUGAAAGAUAGAAUACUUGAGAAUGUGUCCGGUGAUGUGUACAAGCAACUGAUAAUAAGUAAGAAAGGCACCGUUGAUGAUAUGAUUGAUGUUAUUGAAGGUUUUAAGGUUGCUAGUGCGGGUGUGUCGCUUGCUAAGGAAGACAAAGUGUAUGUUGCGGCAGCGUGUAGUGAGCCUGUGAUGAAUCGGAGUCCUGGGGGCAAAAGGAUGGAGAUCGCUUGCUUCAGUUGUGGUGAAAGGGUUCCAAAGACUUACCCGAUUAAUUCAACUGAUAGGGAAGACGAUUGUAAUACUGUGGUCAGAGCACAUGAGCAGAGGCCAAGUGAUAGAUGACUAGAGGUCCGUCGCGAGUCCAAGAGUCGUCGUGACUAUAAGCUGAUUCCGGAUCGUUACACAGUGACAGUUAGAAAUUUACCAUAUAAUGUUAACUGGCAGAAGUUAAAGGAUAGGUUUAGAGAUGUUGGUUUGGUGGGAUUUGUGGAGGUUUUGAUGGCGAAUGGGAAGUCAAUGGGUGUAGGUCAUGUUAGGCUCAGGAACCUAGCAGACGUUGCGAGAGCAGUUAAAUAUUUGGACAAGUCAAAAUUUGGAGGUAGGAAUAUUGUGGUUGUUCCUCAUCGUAUAAGCACGCGGGGAUAACGUGAUGAUAACUAGGGUACUCUGGCAAAUCCAUAUUGGGUUGUUUAAAUAGCGAGACCUAUGGAUGAAUGGUGUUAGUAUAUUUAGAUGUUGAUGUAGUCAAUAUUCUAGACGAAGCUAUUUUUUUCCAUUCCACUUAUAUCUUUAUAUAUACUUAAAGUAAGUUGAGUAUACACUUUGUUAUUUAAAGUAUCGGAACCAUAUCUGUUAGUUAUGGGAGUAAAAGUUUCUUGGUAGAUACGUGGAUUUAGUUUUUCCUUUAAAGGCAUUCUUACGUCGGUUAAAAUCCAUGAGAGUAGACUGGAGCUGUGAGUGUGCGGAGGCAUUGAAGAGAGUGCAGGCCUGUCUGUGUAACUAUCCUAUUCUUCGAUUGCCUGAUUCUUCUUUACUGUUUUAUCUCCAGACUGAUGCCUCAGACAAAGGGAUCUCUGGCAUUCUUAGCCAGUGUGUGAAUGGUAUGUUGCAUCCUAUAAAAUUAUGUGAGCCGUAAAGUGUUGCCUCGGGAGCAGAAGUAUUUUACCAUUAAACCUGAAGAAGUGGCCAUUGUAUAUGCAAUAGAAAAUGGGACAAUUAUUGGCCGGGAACAAAAUUUAAUCUCCAGACUGACCACAAGGCUUUAUGUUACUUUAGGAGCACUAACUGUACCAAUGCACGCAUUACAAGAUGGGCACAAGUGUUACAAGAUUAUUCCUUUGAUGUUGUUAACGUCUGAGGAAAGGACAAUCUGCUUGAUGAUCCGUGCUCAAGAUAGACUUUCCAAGGUUCAGCUACAUAAGUUACAUAUUUAUGUAUUUUUGGUAUAUACAUGUCUUAUGCAUUUUAAUGUUCCAAUGUAUACAUUAUUGUUUGAAAAUUUUUGCACUUUAUGUUAGAUGAAAUUAUGUUGCAUUUAGUAUUAUUGACAUUAAUUUGUUGAUUAUGCAUUUUAAAUUUGAUCGGUUGGUAGAUGUGAUUUUGUGAAUGGUUCAUAGUGUAAUGUGGAUACUUUGGUAAAAAGUAUAAUUGGUAAUUUUUCUUCUAAGUUGUUAUGUUUGGAAGAGUGAUGUUAAUGCGGAUGAAUGUUCCCUAGCUGGAUGUGCUUACCUUGUAGUUGCAAUGAUAUCUUCUUACUUUUCUUUCAGUUUGAGGUACGGAAACUGGUCCAUACUUUGUAAGAACCAGUUUGGGGGGAGAGGGGGAAUGUCGGUGCGUAGAUUAUGGCAUUCUAGCACCAAUGUGUAUUAAGUGCACUAUUUGUGAACGCACUUUCUUUUUGUUGCCUUGCUUGUAAGUUGAUGGAGUGUUUUUGUUCUGCUGGUGUAACGUUUGUUGAGAUUCUUCUGUGUUCCCCUGUUUAGGGGAGUUAGUUUGGGAUUGGAAGUCUACGCUGGUGACUAAAGACAGCAGUGUGUUGUGUUGUGGUUUCGAACAUUAAUGUGUACGUUGUGGGACAGCAAGGUGUAGAAUUAUUAUUUAAUUAGUAAAGUCACAGUAUUAAAAUGUUCCAAAUUCAAUGUCAUUACUCCAUUAGUUUGUCAUCAUACUUAUAUUUAUAUCAUUAAAUAUUUACAUUGUUA